GCGAAAAAAACUCCAUUAAAGAAGAAAAAACUCAAGCGGACAGUUAAGGGAAAAUAUCGAUGUCACAAAUGAAAUAGAUCAGAUUCGUUGUGUGUUUCAGAUCUUUUCACCCAUGACACAAUCUGUGGUGGUCCAAGGUGAGUAUAACUCGCUCUUUGUAAAGUUGAGUGACUUAUUAAACAGUAUGAACGGUUACCUGGAGCGUUAGUUGUGAUGUUGUGAUGUGAAAUUAUAUACACCCUACUCUAACAACUUCACAGCUUGUUAAGUGAGUUUAUUACCGAUUAGAAGAAAAGUUAAACAUGCAAACAUUUCCCUUAUUUAUAUUAACUGAACUUUAAACUGGCGUUUUCAGUGGGGCAGUGCGGAAACCAGGUGGGCUGCAGGUUUUGGGAUCUUGCUCUGCGUGAACAUGCCCAUGUCAAUAAAGUAAGUGUCAAUACACACAUUAACCAAAAAGAGGCUCUCUCUGAGAAACAACAACACAAUUCAAUACAAUAUUUAGAUAAUAUAAUGUGUUGGACAAACAAAAAACGGCAAGAUACGUUAUUUACUUAAUCCUUUACCCUUUUCAAACAGAAUUUUAUGUCAGUCUUUACAGUAAGUAGUCUAUGUUGUGUCGGCCAACUGUUCACAUAAUAUAAGUUUUUAUUUUGUCAUUCAAUUUUUUCAAGAGAUGCUCAAAUAAACUGUGAAGAGUUAAAAGGCACUGGCCCCUAUACUUUUGUAUAGUUUCGUCCAUUGAAAACAUGUAUUUGUAGCCCAUCCUGACCUCUAAGAGCAGUUUUAACACUCAGUCUUCCUCCCCCUGUCAGAAAGGAGUGUAUGAUGAAGCCCUCAGCAGCUUUUUUCGAAACGUGGACCUCAGGUAAUCACUCUUGUUUCACCAGUAAAUUAUGUACUCCCUUAAGUCUUCAUAUAAUAUUGAUUUAGGGACAUUCUGGCGUAAAAUUAAUUUAGGGUCACACACAUCGUAACACCGAGUUAGACACACCCUCGAGAGAUGGAUGCUGCUGACCGCUUGCUUCUCUACUUAUACCAACUUCAGUAGCGACCGCACGAUAGCAAUACACAUUGCUAUUUUUCGGUCAUUACUAAAGUUGGUAUAAUUAGAGAGGCAAGCGGUCGGCAACAGUCAUCUUUCGAGGGGGUGUGUAACUCGGUGUUACAGUUUCUUUGAUAUUGGUCUGUUCUUCAUAGAAGGAAUGACGGAGGAUCCUGUGGUGUUGGUGGGAAGAUUGAAAAUCUGAAAGCCAGAGUAAGUCCUUACUUUUCAAAGAAAACAGCUUGAGAGACAUUUCUGUCUCACAGUCCUCCCAGGCAUAACACUAGAGAGUUAAAGUUCAGGUCAGGUGAGGAUAAAGGCAUGAAUUGUGAAGGUCACAAAGAGGAGUUAUGGAAAGACAGCAGGGAGCCACUGGUGUUUCAGUUUAUAGCAGUGAUUAAUGUGCUGGCCUCAUACUGUUAUAUUUAAAUCCACAGGCGGUGCUGGUGGACAUGGAGGAAGGUGUUGUCAAUGAGAUCCUGCAGGGCCCACUGAGAGAGGUUUUUGACAGCACACAGUUCCUCACAGACGUGUCAGGUUCAGGCAACAACUGGUGAGAGUUAACAGGCUGACCUCGGAUCAUCACGUCCAGGGUUUUCUCCAGGAAUGUUUGAAAUCACCCCCCAAACUAUUAUAUUUAUGUUUUAUUUAAGGUCAUUUUUGCAUUAACUUAUUAUUCUAAAUCUGAAAUAUUUUCACGCAGGUGAUUUUUUUUACUGUGUAUAUCUUCUCUGUCCUGUCUGUGACCAGCUUUUCAGAUUUAGUAAAUGUUAACUCUUUCACCUCCUCCCAUCCAGGGCAGUCGGUCACAUGACAUAUGGCUCAGCCUACAGGGAGCAGAUAGUGGAUAAACUGAGGAAGACAGCAGAGCAUUGUGACUGUCUACAGUGCUUCUUUCUCAUUCACUCUAUGGGAGGAGGUAAGGGACAAAAACACUGAGCAGUUAGCUGCUACUGCUAGCUGUGGACAUGGUGUUUUAGUGAAGAAUGACCGCAAGACAUUGGAUACAGUGCAACCCCUCAAAUUCACAAUGUGUUGGAGGAAAUAAUUCAUGAUAUGGGAAGCACCACAUGUUGCUUUUAUUGCUGUGUCAUCAUUUUUUGUGAAGUCAUACCACAGCAGUUCAUCCUGAUGCGCGCCUUGAGAAUACAUGCACUGAUACCCUUUACAGAACUGAUAUGGCUGCAGAUGCUGUGAACAUGCUGCCCGUGGUGCAGUGCAAAUUAGAGACAGUAGAUGGCAGCAGGAGCCAAACCUUAUAAAUGAUUUAUUUAUGCUUAGGAAGUUCUGUUUGAUCAUGUAUAUAUGAUGCACCUGAGGAACAAUAACCAUCUGUGAACCACUAAGUGUGUUAAUGACCAUGAUCCCUGCUCCUGUACCUGCUAUGAGGGAGGUAUGCUCACAUGCUUAGCCUACUGUAAAACACACACUCAUGUCAAAGCUCUACAUGCAUUGAUUGAAGGUCAAUCGUGCCAUGUUCAUCUCCUCUUGUUGCUAUUUUAAUGUUAUGUCAGCAGGAACCAAAAUUCUGAUGCCUUAUUGAAACCACAAAUCUCAGAAACUUGAAACAUGGUGGAAAUUUGAAGUUGGAAAAAUUAUUGUUGUAAGAGGUUUUAAGGUCAAAAAGUCUAAUGAAGCUUUUUUUGUAUUUUCAUACUAACCCUUUGAAACAGCUGUUUCUCAAGAGCAACCUCUCUGAUUCUGUUUUGUACUGUGUGAGUAUUUUAGGGCAUUUGGACAUUUCUUAACUGCAUGAAUGUGUCUCAGUUAAUGAAAUAAAUACAUUUCUACAGUAUUUUUACACUCAUGAUAAAGACUAAGAUAGAUAUGGACAUGAAUUUGAAGCCGAAUAUAAAUGCAGUGAUCUCAAAUUGAAGGUACAGGCUCUGGAUUGGGGACGAGGGUGCUGAGUAUGCUGGAGGAAGAGUUUCCCGAAGUGUGUCGAAUCGUCACCUCCAUCUAUCCAUCUGCAGAGGACGAUGUCAUCACAUCGCCGUACAACAGCAUCCUGGCGAUGAAGGAACUCACAGAGCACGCCGACUGUGUGCUGCCUAUUGAAAACCAGGUGUGUGAAGCUCACAUUGUCCAUCUCCCUGCAGACAUCCUUUGUGUUUGCGUGAUUGAAACCUCCAGUUUUUAUUUAAUUUUCUGUCCCUUUUCCCUCCCGCAGGCACUGGUCCACAUUGUAAACAAGAUUAAACACAUGUCUCAUUGUGGGAAACCAGGCUCUGUGAUCAAGACGGACACCACUGUCAUGUCAGGCCAGGGCGGACUCAGCAGGGCAGAGAAGCCGUUUGACACGAUGAACAACAUUGUGGCUAACCUGUUGCUUAAUAUCACCAGGUAUAGCAUCACUAUUUGACAUCAGACAUGUUCUCAUAGGUCAUGAAAACAAGAACUCCAUCUGUGGCUCCUACAAUGUCUGAGGAGAUUUUUCAGGGUUGAUCAUCUUUAAAAUAAGUCUGACAUGGUUUAAAAUGGUGCUCAUGUGUCACCUCUCAUUUUGUGUUGCAGCUCGGCUCGCUUUGAGGGAUCUCUGAACAUGGAUCUGAAUGAGAUUGCCAUGAAUCUGGUCCCAUUUCCUCGUAUGCACUACUUGGUACCCAGCCUCACCCCUCUCUACACGCUGGCAGAUGUCAGUGUCCCCCCCAGAAGGUUGUUUUUUCAUCCUCAGAAAAUAUACACAAUGUGAUAGUGUUCAAACAACAUUAAACUGGCUUAUAUUUUACAACUUAAAAGACUUUCAAAUGUCACAAAACAAGGAUUCAUUUUGUCAAAAUGGAUCACAGCUACCUCAAUCUCAGCGCUUGGCAGGAAAAACAGCGUCUGAUCUGUUAACAGCCUCUCCCCCCCCCAGCUCCACCCUAAAAACAUCUGCCAUGAAAGUAGUCUGUGUGUGAACCCUAUAGACCUGGUUUCGUCCAGAGGGGCUGCUUAUUGAUUUAAAGUGAGUGGUGGUUGUACUGAAUAAACUCUCAGCGGUAAACAUGAGACUAAAGCAAAGCAGGGUGUUGCUUAAAAAUAUCUUGCACGCCCAGCAGAAUUUUGCUAGAAUAAACACAGUCACAAGGUCUCUUCCUUCUUCUGCUUUACUUUUUUAAUCAGCGGUCUAACUUCAGUGUAGCUCAAAGACCAUUUCAGUCACUAUAGCAAAUUAUGUGCCGAACAAACCAUGAGAAAGGUUCUUAUUAUGCAGUAUGCAAAUCUGGAAAAAUGAUUUUUAAACUUUGCUCUGUCUCCAGACUGGACCAGAUGUUCAGUGAUGCCUUCAGUAAAGACCACCAGCUAAUCCGAGCUGACCCAAAGCACAGCCUCUACCUGGCCUGCGCCCUUAUGGUCAGGGGCAAUGUGCAGGUGUCUGACCUCCGCAGGAACAUCGAGAGGUAAGACCCCCAACCCCCCCAUCCCUCUUCUAUCAAAACAACCAACUAGUCAGCGAACCCACCCAAAUAGUCUAUGUUUUUAGGUUGUUUAGCCGAAUACAUGGCCAAGACAUGGUAUUUAAUGUUCAAACUGAUAAACUUUAUAGUUAGGGUUAGGGUAAUAAUAUUAAUGUGAGGUUGGAAUGAUAGGGAGCUGUUGAGGAGGACACCCGGACACUUAACCUGUGGGAAGGGGAUCAAGCUGACAUAUAGAGUGCUUGGAUUUUUGGAUGAGGGCUGAGAUGUCAGAAGCAGCAGGAUGUUGGAAACCAAUGAAUAGGUUGACACUGGGGGAGAGGUUCAGAGGAGGAAAGAGGUGUCAGAUUGGAGUUUAAAUGCUGGUGAAUUUUGUGAAUUUUUGUCAUAAAAACAAACUAAAAAAAGAGUUUCAGGUGUUGGUGGAGUACAGAUGAGCAGGUAGGGGAUCAGGAUUUGGAGAAGUUUGAAGAAUAGUGAGAACAGUCUUGGUGUUUCUUUCAUUUGAACUGAUGAAGUUGGAGUAGUAGUUUGAUUUUGCUUGAGAAAAUAAGUCCUUGUACUGUAAUAUAUGGGAUUUAUGCACUUCUUUGUGGAUAGUGAGAGGAGAUUUUCUGUUAAGACGCUCAAGUUGGCGACCUUUGGCUUUCAUGGACCUGUGAUUUUCCUGUCUUUGUUUUGUGUCCUUGAUGUUCCGAGAUGUCAAAGGGAUAAAGUAAAAAAAAGUGGAAAAAGUAUAUCAGUAUUGUAAAACACUGAAAAAUAUCGUGAAUAUAAGACAAACUAGGAUACACACCAGCAGCUGAACUCCAAUUUUCAGGAGGGGUGGUUUACUUCAUGAGCUGAUAACUGUGACACAGCUGCCCCUCAGAAAAGUCUAUCAUGCCAAAAUAUUAACUGCGGGUAUUGACCUUUUCAAAAAUUAUUACCAGCCUUUUCCUCCUUGAGUGGUACCAUUAAGUCAUAUUUUGUCCCCUGCCCAUGAACUUAAAUAUUACCUCCACUCCCAGCCUGCUGAAUAGUACCUCAUUUAGCUUUGACAGUAGUGAUUCAUGACUGGUCCAUUCAGCACUAAGCUCCCCUCAGCAGAACUUGUUUUUCUGUGGUUGUCAAGAGAAACUGAGACAGAUGCUGCUGUGAGAGUUCAUGUUUGUACAUGGUACCAAAAAGAAGAUUGAGAAGAAGGGAGAAAAGUGAACAAAUAUUGGCUGUCAGAUGUUGAAACUGAAAAAUGUUAUUAUUUAAUGUAAAAUAUCUCUGCUAUAUAUUAUUGUCAUCAUCCAUGUAGAUGUUAAAUUGAUCAACUAUGAUCUUAUUUGUGCUGAGGACUAAAUCAGAUGUGAACUCAGGCUCUUAUGUGUUUUGUGACCUCAAAAUUGAAAUCAUUGUUCAGGAAUAUUUUUCCAAGUAAUAAGAUAUCAAAUCACUCCUCAAAUAGUACAUUUCCUUUCUCAUAUUUCCAUAAAUGACAUGUAAACCAUCCUCUGAGCUGAACCCUGUUUGUUUCGUCCUCUGCAGACUGAAGCCUUCGCUGCCCUUCGUCUCGUGGAACCAGGAGGGCUGGAAGACCAGCCUGUGUUCAGUCCCUCCUGUGGGUCACUCUCACUCUUUGCUCGCUCUCGCCAACAACACUUGUGUGAAGCCCACCUUCAUCGGGCUGAGGGAGCGCUUCACCAAACUCUACAGAAAGAAGGUGCAUAUUUAGUCCUGUAUAAAUCUAGAUAUAAAAUUAAAAUAUGAGGCCUUACACAUAUUUUUUUGCUCUCUUAUUGUUCCUUACUUGCUUUACUGUGUUGAACUGUGGGGCUUUACUUUUAAACAACUCAAAAUUCGCAAGUUGUUCUGCAAAAUAGGGUCAUACGUCACACAAACCCACUGUUUUAAAAGUCCUACGUCAUGAAACUUUGACUUAUUUUACUACAAAGUAAAUGAAAAUAAUGUUUAGAGCCCAAUUAAAGUCACUUCCAGACUCUGUACAGAAGUUCUUGUCAGUUUGGGAGAGUCACUCAGAUUUAAGGUAUAUUUUUUAGUUUAAAGAUUAAUAAUCUAAAAAUUUCCACAGGCUCAUCUGCAUCACUACCUGCACGUAGACGGGAUGGAGCAGAGUUACUUCACGGAGGCCGUCAGCUGUCUAAACUCGCUGAUUGAAGAGUACGAUCAUCUGGACGCCACAAAGGGGAGACUGAUGCCCGACGCACCACGAUUCAGCAUUGCCAGAUAAUAGUCUAUUGAACUGACAAGGUUUGUUUUUUUCCAACACUGAAAACCUGGAAAUAAUGACAAGACACGACCAAAACUUUUGUACAUACCCUUAUAAUUUAUACAUGAUUAUAAUCUAACUUGUGACCUGAUUAAAUAUUUUCUUUGACUGAAAAAACAUACAAGAACAAAAAAGACUCUCCCGAAGGGUUUUAGAAGUCUUUAAUUGCUCUGAGGAGGUUGCUGUAAUUUUUUUUGUACAUUUGUAAAUAUCACACAAAGUUUGUAAAGUAUUAUUUCUCUAACUUAAAAACUUUCAUAACCAAUCUCUUGAAUCAUUGAAGCCAUUCUGUCUUUAAAAAAAUGAGGUUUUAUGUGUCACUUUGGUCUCUCUUGCUUUUUCUUGACUUACAUUAUCAUCAGGAAAAACAAAAAGGAAAACUUCAGUAUUUUUCAAUAUGGGCCCCAUUUUUCCAUGUGUUUGUUAGAGCUUGAUUGGGGAAAACAACCUCUGAAAUUGAUCAGUAUUGAGACAUAGAGCAGCGCAGCCAUCAGUCAAGCACACAAACACAUGGGCCCAGGUUGAAAAAUACCAAAGUUCCCACCUCAAGUCUUACUUUUUCAUAUUUUGGAUUUUAAAGGUCUCAUAGCAGGCUACAAAGGACUCAGCCUUUACGGUUUGCAUCACCAGCUGCCUUCACAAGCAACUUCUGUGUCUUAUUUUGUUUUUGGAAUCACAGUAAAUCUGUGAAAUGCUAAAGCUAGCUUGCAAGCAGCUGCAGCAUCUUCUUUGUCUGUCCUACAUUAUAUAAAAAUCUGAGUACAGGACCACGUUUAUGAAUUCACAGUGUAGCUGUAUGUUUAUUUUUAGCACAAUAUCGGCAUUUCAUUUUUUAAAAAGACACUUAUUGUCAAGUACAUUACAACAGAUCUAAUAUGAACAUAAGCUCAACUGUGUUUUGUAUAUGAGAGUCUGUGUCCACGAUGUUUUGUUGAACAGCAGCACAUGAAAUACAGAACAUUUUACCUUAAUCAACAUCAUAUUGGAGGUACUUCCUCCCUUACACGACAUGUCUUGGCCACUUGUGUUGCACUUUGUUGUAAUGUUUUUCGUGAAGUUUAGACAAACCCUUUGAUCGCUUGCUGUAGUCCACCUCGCUGCCAAUCCUCUUCUCACGUCUCUGUUGACGUAAUGCAUCAAAAAUUAUGUGAUCUUGCAUCAGUAUAGCACUGCCUGGCUGAUCAGCUGAAAAGCUUUAACGACCCUUUAACUUACAGUGAAAUUUAAUUCUCAAUGAGGCAUUUUUUUCAGACUCUAUAUUUUCAUUCUGAUUCCCCUUUAAUAGCUUUACAUGAUUUUAAAAAAGCCUCAAAUUUAGGGUGACCAUAUGUCCUCUUUUACCCGGACAUGUCCUCUUUUUUGGGGGCAGUCCAGAAUUGUCCGGCUUUGUCCAGGGAAGUGUAUAAAACCAUUCAAAUGUCUGCGGUUUUGUAUGUUAGUUUCGAUUUUGUGUCACGUGGACUUACUGAGUUAGAAGCGCAUAAAAGACACACGAUCUGACCCGAAAAACUGUCAAAAUCAACUUUGUGCGACUCAGUGACUCCUCCCCCUCGUAGUCGUGUCCUCUUUAUGGGAAGUCGGAAUAUGGUCACCCUUCUCAAAUUUCUCAUUGUGGUAAAUUGACGUAUUAUUUCAGCCUCCAUCUGAAACACUUCAUUUUAGAUGCUGUCUCUUUAAGGUCCCCCCCACUCCACAAUUCUACUUUCCAAUGAUUGGCCACCUCCCUGAAGGCUUUCCAGAAGCCUCAAUGUUUUGGCCCUGCCUCCUCAAUUGUAUUUUAGAGCGGUGGAACAGUGCUGCGGGUGUCACAGUCAAAGGUGUCACCAUAGACUUUAUAUAGUAUGGACAACCUGGCUCCGCCUCCCAUCAUUGUAUGAAUUUAAAGCCAAAUUGUUCUCAUUAUUUCCUGGAUUUUUCCCAUUUUGUGAAACCACCACUUGGGCAGUAGUGUUGUAUGCAUUCGUCGUGAGAGUAGCUGUGGUGACGCUCUGGUCAAACAGCGUACCCCUCAGAUGAUCUACACAAUCUUCUUCUGCCCAUAGGCCGAAGCACCAGCUUUGGAAAAAAGAGGACUUGAGCACAAACCAGUCUAACAAUAGCUACAUGUCAACAUCACAACCAAGAGGGGCGAAAAAAAUUACAUUUUGCAUAAUUCAUUUUUAAAGGUUGUUCACAGCACCAUUUGCACCAAGUUUGCUGUAGGAGGCGGGGUUUACGACCUAUACUGCAACCAGUCACUAGGGGGUGCUGUUUUCGCAGAGGCUUCACCCAGCGAGGAGUCUAUGGUGUCACCUCACAAGCUGUUGGAGGCAGGACGUGCCACUUGGCUGGAAUUGGCUCCCAUUUUGGGCAGUUUACAUCUAUUUUCUAUGAUUAAGACAACAUACCUUUACCUGGUGGUUUGAGACUUUGUAUAUAUCUAGUAUCAACACUUAAUUUGUAACUUUGCUGUUUUUCUUGUGAAUGUGGAAAAGCAUGAUUCCACCCCUUUAACUCUUUGGAUCAUGCACUCUAGAUUAUUUAGAUGUUGUCAUCAUGGUACGGUAAUACUGUGAGUAUGCAUGAGUCAAGUCCUCAGUCUGACCCAGUAGGACUCGUCUCACGCGUUUGUGUCUCUGGACUUCUUGACUGGAUCCAUUACAGUAACUUCAGGUCAGAGAACAUGUCACCUGGAUCGUUGCACUUCCUCUGACACACGCAGGACGUCACCCACUGCAUCUUCCACUGUGUGUUGGAGCCUCCCUUACACGUGAAGUUGACCUUGAUCAUGCGGGACUUGUUUGGGACGCAGCAGCGUUUGUCUGUACACAAACCGCAGUACGUGGGCUUAAACUUCUUGGUGCUGGUGCAGCCUGAGAGGGUCAGCUUCUCUGCUUUCUUUGCUUGGAAUUUGGGUCUGCAUGUUUUUCCCUUUGGCACCUGUGAAGGCAUAACAGUAGUUUUAUAUGUAAAUAUAUCAUCCCAGAGAAGAAUACUGUCAACCCAGUGGUG